GCCAGCUUUCCGCAGUCUGUGGCCGUCAGGACUCCCAGAGUGAAAGAGUGUGUGGAAAAACGAAAAUUCAAUCCGACACGCAAUGAGGAAAAGUUAUUGUCACCUGAGCUACAGUGAAAUUGGAAAAACAAAAAGGACUCCUGGUCCAAGGCCUAUCAAUUUGCGACAAGCCAAUCCGAUCCGGCUCUAAAUUCCCGGCCAGGUCACUGACUCCGAAACGCCAGGUAAUUUGCGAUCUGCCAUCUCUCUCAAUGCCUGUUCAAAUAGAAAAGAUAUUGCAUUAGAAAAGAACUAGAAGAAUCGGGAGCUUUCGGAGAUGGCGCCAUUCAAGCUUAAGUUCCGCAUGGGGAGCUCGAGGAGCACCUCGCAGGAGCAACACGAUCCGGAUCCGCAGGUCAACGAGGCCCUCCUGGGCGCCCAGCAACACCAGAGCCACCACCACCAUCAGCAGCAGCACCACCACCAGGAGACGGUGGAGGCUAGCAGCAGCUCCAGCCUCGACCUGGCGGAUUGCAGCAGCCUCGGCCAGAUGAGCAGCGAGCGGAAGCUGCUCCUGCCCCCCACUAGUGGCAGCAGCGGGUGCGGCAAUGGCAUGCGAUUGGGAUAUUUGAAUCAGAGUCGCACUCCGUGCAUCAAUGAAUCUCUCACGGAUACGGAUGCCGACAACGUGCCCACCACCCCACCGCCUUCCUAUGAGCAUGUUCUAGAGGAGAACACUCGGCUGUCCCAGCACCAGCGUCAAUUGUCCCUGGACAGCGCCACUCCCAACCAGAACAGCCGGCGCAGUUCGGCGAACAGCUCCCGGCACAGUGCCGCCCAGCUAAGCGCCGCCUUGGAACAGCUGACAGGUGGCGUCAGCGGUGGCAGCAACAGCAUCUGCAACGAUCCCGACUGUGUCCAGAAUCUGAACCAGAACUACACCAGCUGCAACAUCCACAACGGCAGCAGCAACGGCGGCAACGGGAACGGCAGCCACCACAGCGGCAGUAACAACAACAACGACGGAGAACAGAUCAUCGAAGGUGUCACAGAGCUGGAGCUGCGAAGCGACCUCGAAGAGGAGGAGCAGCUGAGCAUCAACGAGUUCCUGCUGGAAUCGGAGAUGGCAGCGUCGCCGUCACGAGGUCGGAUGUCCGGCAAUCGGGGAGAGUGCUCGGAUGAUCAGUGCGUGCAGUGCUCGGAGGGCGAGAGCCACUUCGAAGGAGAUGGGGCAAGUACCAGUAGCCAGGCGGCGGCAGCAGCUGCAGCGGGCGGGCACAGCUUCUACGAUCCGCUCCUGAACCGAGGCAGUUACUCCAAUUACAAUGAGGGAGGAAAUACAAGUUCAGGUUCCGGCUCCGGCAAUAAUCAAAUCUGCCAGGAGGCCUGCUGCAGCGGAUCGACUUCAUCCCGUGGCGAUCGCCGGCAAGGACAGCAGCCCAACUGCCACACCAGCCUCCUGACUCCGGAAAUGAUGAGCAACAAGACCAGCAAGGAGAUCUACAAGGACCUGGCCAAGCAGUGGGGCAUCACAUGCAAAAUGUCGGAGAGUUGUCGCUGCAUGGAGUGUCAGAGCCACUACUUUGACUGCGACUAUGACGAUAAUGAGCAUCAGAAGACGGAUGGCGGACUGGGCGCUGGAACGCCCAUGUUCAUCAGCGAGGUGAUGCACGGAUCGGGAUGCAACAUAUUGUAGAGGAAUUAAGGUCCACCAUCAAGGACUCUCUUUGGGAUUCGCGGGCUUAGGAUUUGCUGAACUACUACAGUUAUUUAGUUACCAUUUAGUAAUCGUAUGUGUGAGUCUGUGCGAGGGAGAUUAGAGGGAGGAACAAAUCGCGUAAUUAGCACUGAAUGUUUGCACAUUAUUCUAAGGUAAUGCUGCACUGAUAUUAUGUUUUCGUACUAUAUAGAGAAUCGAGAAGGCCAGCCGCUUUAGAGGCUUUAAAAGUAGUUUUGGAAGGACAAUGGACGAAUCGGUAUAUACAUACGAGUAUAUAUUUUUUUGGGUUAACCGUUUAGGUCUGACCGGAAUCGAAGUUUGCAAAUCGACGAAUGAAUUAUAAAGUUAAUAAGAUAAGUAAUUACCCACCUUGCAGAUGAACAUCUAAAUAUCCUUGAGUGUGUUCUUUUUCGAAGCUC